GGGAGAAGCAACUGUGGCGGGGGCCGAGGAGGGACAUUUUAAAAGGGCUGGAGAUUGCGGGCGUCAGUGGCCAUGGCGGAUACAGCGACCACAGCCUCGGCGGCGUCCGCGGCGGCCAGUGCCUCGAAUGCCUCCUCCGAUGCUCCCCCUUUCCAGCUGGGCAAGCCCCGCUUCCAGCAGACAUCCUUCUACGGUCGCUUCAGGCACUUCUUGGACAUCAUCGAUCCUCGAACACUCUUUGUCACUGAGAAACGUCUCAGAGAGGCUGUGCAACUGCUGGAGGAUUACAAGCAUGGCACGCUACGCCCAGGAGUUACCAAUGAACAGCUCUGGAGUGCACAGAAAAUCAAACAGGCUAUCCUACACCCGGACACCAACGAGAAGAUCUUCAUGCCUUUCAGAAUGUCAGGUUACAUUCCUUUCGGGACGCCAAUUGUCGUGGGACUUCUCUUGCCUAACCAGACCCUGGCAUCCACUGUCUUCUGGCAGUGGCUGAACCAGAGCCAUAACGCCUGUGUCAACUAUGCAAACCGCAAUGCUACUAAGCCUUCACCUGCAUCCAAGUUCAUCCAGGGCUACUUGGGAGCUGUCAUCAGUGCUGUCUCCAUUGCUGUGGGCCUUAAUGUGCUGGUUCAGAAAGCAAACAAGUUCACUCCAGCCACUCGCCUUCUCGUGCAGAGAUUUGUACCCUUCCCUGCAGUAGCCAGUGCCAAUAUCUGCAACGUGGUCCUGAUGCGGUAUGGGGAGCUAGAGGAAGGGAUUGAUGUCCUGGAUGCUGAUGGCAACCUCGUGGGCUCCUCAAAGAUCGCAGCCAGACACGCCCUGCUGGAGACAGCUCUGACACGAGUGGUUCUGCCUAUGCCCAUCCUGGUGCUCCCCCCGAUCGUCAUGUCCAUGCUGGAGAAGACGGCUCUCUUGCAAGCACGCCCCCGGCUACUCCUACCUGUGCAUAGCCUCGUGUGCCUGGCAGCCUUCGGCCUGGCCCUGCCCCUGGCCAUCAGCCUUUUCCCGCAGAUGUCAGAGAUUGAAACCUCCCAAUUGGAGCCUGAGAUAGCCCGGGCUACGAGCAGCCGGACAGUGGUGUACAACAAGGGGCUGUGAGUGAAGAUAGCCGGCCUGGGAACACAGCACUGUCCAGGCCAGGCAUUCGGGGUGGGGAAAGAAGUCUCGUGAGCUGUUUCUGCAGGGAGGGGCUGCCUGGAAAGCAGUCAACCUCUGUCAGUAAGGAGACUAACCAUUCACAUUUUAACAUAGGGGAGAGGAAUUCUGACACAUUUCCUACACACACAAAAAAAUCAAGUGCAUCUCUGGGCCUUACAUGGGGUCGGCUAAACUCCACUCAGCACAAUUUCGUCUGAGCUAAAGAACUGUAGAGUGCUCCUGGGGUAGACGUAGUAUCCUUUUAUACGUUUACUUUUUUUGUUUUAAUUUUUUUAAUUAGAAGCAAGUCUGAGCCUUGGUUGCAGCUGACCAGAAGCAGCAGGUGGACAGGCGAUGGGAGCUAGAGGAGCCUGAGAGCUGGGUUAGAUUGAUGAGAGGGAAGUAUAAUGGUUAGGCCCGAUGGGCCCCUUGGGUUACAGAAGGGAAGGAAGGGGAGGUGGUCUGCACCCCACAGGAUGAGCUAGCCAUAAUCAGGUUUCUCAGGAAAUGGCCUCCUCGAUCAAGGAGCACUAGAGACCCCUGGAAGAUUCCAGGAACACCAGGCUCUGAAUGAACCCAGCUCCUACCCACCCCACAGCUGAGUGAAAGUCAGUGACCCCUGGCAUGGGUCAUCUUUCAUGGAGCUCUUGAUUCCAGGCCCCUGAGAGCACCCCAGCUCUAGUCAGGGAUCCCCAAGAAGGAAUAUUGUUCUGUGGAAACAGGGAGAGGAUCCUGUCUGGGCUUUCCAGAAGUAGCUAGCGUUUCCUACUGGGACAAGGGUGGGCUGAGCCCACUGUGGUCCAGUCUGCAGCCACUGAAGCUGUUAGUCACACCCCACACCUUUCUGCAAUAGAGGAGUCUCCUGCCUGAGGAUGCAAGGCCGGAUCCCUGGCAACUGCCUGAGAGGCAGCAUCAGCAGUGGACAAGCCACCACAUCUCUGGGCUUCCAUUCCCUGCCUGGAAGCAAAGGACCAAACCAGGAUUCCCACCAAGCCUCUGGCUCCUCUCCGCCUGCUUCACUUAGAUGUGCACAUUGCAAGCAUAUCUCUAAGGUGGAUUCUGGGCUGGAGAGUGCAUUGGGCCCUUCUGGAAAUGGCCACUUAGCCUACGAAAGGACCUUGCCCUUCUGUAUGGACUCCCCCCUAUCCUGACAAACCUUGACUUGUGCCAAACACUUCAUGGCUGUGGAGGAGGCAGUAUGGACGACUGAGCUGAGCAUAGGGGAUCACAUCACACGCCAUUCCUCACUGCUGCAGACUCGGGGCUUCUUGCUGCUGGUUCCUGACUCCAUCUCGUCACACGUAAGCCAGAGAAGGAGAGAGAGCUCUACCUAAGGAGGCAGGGUCUGGGUGGGGUUGAAUAGGGUGACUCCUGGUCCAAAGGACCCUCAGAAAGGAGAUAUUCUGAUCUUUACACAGCCCUCAUCUGUCCACACUAGCAUAGGAGCCCCGGUUUGUGACCCUGGAACCUGACUUAGGAGGGGUCAGGCUGAAGGUCAGCAUGUAUGUGUGCAGUACAAGGCUGGCACAGGGCAGCAAGGACAAGGUCACAGGCUGCCUGCCAGCAUCUUAAGGCAGGUGUCACUGCAGCGAGAUGGGCCAAGCAUUGGUAACACGGUCUCCAGGCAUUGGUCAGAGACUACAUCUGUCUGGAGCUUCUAUUGAAAAGUCUUUUCCCAGCCUUCUCUGUGCCCACAUGUCCUGGAACAAAUCCUUAUGCAUUUAUCUUGGGACCAAAAUCACCCUCACCCAGGCCUGCCUGCUCCAGAGGUCCAGCAGGCCAGGGGUUCUUCCAGCUCGCCCUCUGUGCCACUGUCCCUGUGGCCUCAUUACCCCUCAUAGGUAUGUUUUGUGUAUGGAGUGAUUUCUGUCGCACUCCUAAAUAUAAGCCCAGAAAAGGGCAGCUCCUUUGGAUUUGCUGACAGAUGGUCCUUGUAGUUCAGGUGACAGUGACUGAGCGUCUUGAGCCGUGCUGUUAAACCCUGUCCCAACUUCAUAAAAUUCGUAAGAAAAGCUUUCUGUGAAUGCAGAUGUCCCUGUUUGCUGAGGCUAGGGGACAGAGAGAGGCCUGGAGAAAAGGCAGCACAGAUUACCUCUUGUUGGGUGUAGUUUUGCCAGCAGUCAGGGAGUAUCUCCAGCAGGUUCUCCAGCCCUGAUGUUCCUGGCCAACUCUCCUGUGAUUACUUUUAAACAUUCCCUCAAAGGAUGCAGUUCCAUCUCUGGAAAGCAAUGUGAGAGUACAGGAACCAAAAGACCAAGAUGCUGAGAUGGCCACCGAACCGAGAUGUCUGUCCACUGUCUCACUCCCUAACUUUGGCUGUCUUAUGAAGUCUCCAGUCUGGGGAAGGGUGGGGCACUGAGGAGACGAGCCGGUGGGAGGCAGGUCCAUGCUAAGCUUCAACCUUGGGCGGGUGUGAGUGAGGCUCAACACGAGUGCCUCAGGUUACCUAGGACUUCAGACUGUCUCUUUAACCUCAGAAAGUGUCUCAGUGUAUGUGAUCUAUGUCAUACUAAUGGGCUGUGGGUAAUAAACAUGGAUUUAAACACACA